UCAGAGCGAGGCAUUCUGGGAAAGGAAAACAACUUGUACAUUGCCUACAAACGAAAUGAAGCGCGUCUUCACUCUCUCAGAAAAGCCCUGGAGCGGCUCGUGUUUGCAGUACAAGUGGCAGAAGGCUUUGGGGAACUAUCUCGCCGUCGCGGGCCCCGACACCUCCGUCAAGAUAUUCGACCGUCAUGGGCAGAAGAUGAACGAACUCAGUCUCCCUGGGAGGUGUGUGUCCCUGGACUGGGAUAAGGAUGGCGAUACUUUGGCUGUAAUUGCAGACAAAUCGAGCUCUAUUCAUCUGUGGGAUGCCAAUGUCAAUAAGACAUCACAGCUGGACAGCGGCAUGAGAGAUCAGCUGUCCUUUCUCCUGUGGUCCAAAACUGGCCCGCUGUUGGCCGUUGGUACAUCUAAAGGAAACCUGCUCAUCUACAACCAGCAAACCUCACGCAAGAUACCUGUUCUAGGUAAACACACUAAACGGAUCACCUGUGGAUGCUGGAGUUCUCAGAACCUUUUAGCUCUGGGCAGUGAAGAUCGCAACAUAACGGUCAGCAACCAUGAAGGAGACACCAUCCGACAGACCUCUGUUAGAGCUGAUCCUGCUGAUAUUCAGUUCUCUGUCAUGAAGACAGACGAAAGAUCUUCACCAGGAGAGAGCACUGUGAGUGUGGCUGUGGGGAAGAAGACCUUGUUCCUGUUUAACCUCAAUGACCCUGAUAACCCCAUCGAACUGGCCUUCCAACAGCGCUAUGGCAACAUCAUCUCCUACCGCUGGUAUGGUGACGGCUACAUAAUGAUCGGAUUUUCCCACGGCUAUUUCGUGGUCAUCUCCACACACAUUAGAGAGAUAGGCCAGGAGCUGUUUCAGGCCCACAACCACAAAGACAGCCUGACCAGCAUAGCCAUCUCUCAGGCCCUCAACAAAGCUGCAUCAUGUGGUGACAACUGCGUGAAGAUUCAUGAUCUGACCGAUCUAAAGGAGAUGGAUGCCAUCGUCACUCUGGAAGAGGAGACUAAAGGGUUGGAUCAGAUCUGUUGGACGGAUGAUGGUCAGUUGUUGGCCGUUUCCUCUCAGCAGGGCAGUCUGCACGUCUAUCUGACCAAACUGCCCAUUCUGGGGGACAGCUGUGGGACACGCAUCGCCUACCUCACGUCUCUGCUGGAGGUCACUGUGGCCAAUCAGGUGGAGGGGGAUCCCACUGUAGCCGUGGCAGUGGAGGUGGAGCCUAACUUCAUAGCGGUGGGGCCGUAUCACCUCGCUGUGGGGAUGAAUAACAGAGCGUGGUUUUACGCUUUGGGAAACAGCGGUGUGGAGCGUCUGAAAGACACAGAGUAUCUGGGGACUGUGGCCAGUUUGUGUCUGAGCUGUGAUUACGCAGCUGCUUUGUUUGAAGGAAAGGUUCAGCUGCAUGUGAUUGAGGAUGAAGGUCAGGAGGUUGAAGAGGACAGGCAGACGAAGCUCUUCCCAGAGCCGGACCAGAAAUAUCGCAUCCUCAGCCACGCCCUCACCACGGAGUUCCUCUUCUUCGGAACUGAUACGGGUCUGAUUCAGUGUUUCUAUAUUGAAGACUGGCAGAGUGUUAAUGAGUAUCGUCACCCAGUGGGUGUUCGCAAAGUUUUCCCUGACCCCAACGGAACCCGGCUCGUCUUUAUUGACGACAAAAGCGAUGGAUUUCUUUACUGUCCGGUGGACGACUCGCUGUUUGAGAUUCCAGAUUUCUCUCCGAUGAUAACGGGGGUGCUGUGGGAAAACUGGGUGAAUGAUAAAUCCGUGUUUGUGGCGUUCGAUGAGGACAAAGUCUACACAUACACGUUCCACAAGGACACCAUACAGGGCUCUAAGGUAAUCCUGGUGGGAUCCACAAAGCUGCCGUUUUCCCAUAAGCCCCUGCUGCUGUAUAAUGGGGAGCUGAUGUGUCAGACUCAGAGCGGGAAGACGAGCAGUGUGGUUCUGAGCACGCACUCCUUCCUCAGCCACACACACCCUGACUCCAGUAAAGAGCAGCUCCGGUCUCAGCUGCAGCAAGCCAUCAAACUCAGGAGGUUCUCGGAGGCAUGGAGUGUGUGUAAGGCUCUGGGUAACACAGAAGCGUGGGCGGAGCUUGGGAGGGCGUGUCUCCACCACAUGGAGGUGGACUUAGCCAUCAGGGUUUACCGCAACAUGGGCAACGUGGGCAUGGUGCUGUCUCUGGAGGACAUCAAGGGGAUAGAGGAUCAGAAUUUGUUGGCAGGGCAUCUGGCCAUGUUCCUCAAUGACUAUAACCAAGCUCAGGACCUUUACCUGGCCUCUUCAUAUCCUAUGGCAGCACUGGAGAUGAGGAGGGAUCUGCAGCAUUGGGACAGCGCCCUGCAGCUGGCUAAGAGACUACAUCCUGAAGAAAUCCCUUUCAUAUCUAAGGAAUACGCCAUACAGCUGGAGUUUGUUGGAGAUUAUACAAAUGCACUGGCUCACUAUGAGAAGGGCAUUACUGGAGACAAUAAGUUUCAGGAGCACGAUGAAAGCUGUCUGGCUGGUGUGGCUCGUAUGUCCAUCCGCAUGGGAGACAUCCGCAGAGGAGCCAACCAGGCCAUCAAACAUCCAAGCAGAACACUGAAGAAAGAGUGUGGAGCCAUUCUGGAGAGCAUGAAGCAAUACUCGGAAGCUGCUCAGCUAUAUGAGAAAGGCCAGUACUAUGACAAGGCUGCUUCUGUCUACAUACGCUGCAAGAACUGGGCGAAGGUUGGAGAGCUGCUGCCCAAUGUGAGCUCUCCAAAGAUUCACCUGCAGUAUGCCAAGGCCAAGGAGGCUGAUGGGAAGUAUAAAGAGGCUGCCAUGGCCUAUGAGAGCGCUCGGGACUGGGACAGUGUGAUCCGUAUACUGUUGGAGCAUCUGAACAAUCCAGAGGAGGCGGUCCGGAUCGUCAGGGAAACCCAGUCCGUCGAUGGAGCCAAGAUGGUCGCCAGGUUUUUCUUGCGUCUGAACGAUUACGGCUCAGCCAUCCAGUUCCUGGUGCUGUCCCGCUGCAGUGACGAGGCCUUCCAGCUUGCCCAGCAGCAUGGACAGAUGGAGGUCUACGCCGACAUCAUUGGUUCUGAGGCCACAUCAGAGGACUACCAGAGCAUAGCUCUGUAUUUCGAGGGAGAGAAGAAGCACCUGCAAGCUGGGAAGUUUUUCCAUAAGUGUGGCCAGUACAGCCGGGCACUGAAACACUUCCUGAAGUGCCCCAAUUCUGACGACAGUCUAGCUAUAGAAAUGGCCAUUGAGACGGUGGGAGAAGCCAAAGAUGAAGCUCUGACCAAUCAGCUAAUUGAUUACCUGAUGGGAGAAAGUGAUGGAAUGCCAAAGGAUGCAAAGUACCUGUUCCGGUUGUACAUGGCACUUAAGCAAUACAAGGAGAGCGCGAGGACAGCCAUCAUCAUUGCCAGAGAGGAGCAGUCAGCAGGUAACUACAGGAAUGCUCAUGAUGUCUUGUUCAGUAUGUACAUGGAGCUUCAGACGCAGAAGAUUAAGAUUCCAGCAGAGAUGGCCACCAACCUGAUGAUCCUUCACAGCUACAUUCUGGUGAAGAUCCACGUGAAGAGAGGAGACCAUCUAAAAGGAGCUCGUAUGUUGAUCAGAGUCUCUAACAACAUAAGCAAGUUCCCCUCACACAUUGUUCCCAUCUUGACGUCGGCUGUGAUUGAAUGUCAUCGUGCGGGGCUGAAGAACUCGUCCUUCAGCUUUGCUGCCAUGCUGAUGAGGCCGGAGUACCGCAACAAAAUCGACCCCAAAUACAAGAAGAAGAUCGAGGCCAUGGUCCGUCGUCCGGACACAUCUGAAGUGGAAGAGGAGAGCUCCCCAUGUCCGUACUGCAGCUUCAGCCUGCCUGAGUGUGAGCUGCUCUGCCCCGGCUGCAAGAACAACCUGCCCUACUGCAUAGCUACGGGUCAUCACAUGGUGAAGGAGGACUGGUGUGUGUGCCCGCACUGCGACUUCCCUGCUCUGUACUCUCAAUUUAUACAGUUGCUGGAAACUGAGUCGGUGUGUCCCAUGUGCUCGGAAAGCGUGAGCAUUAAUCAGCUGAAGAAAAUCUCCGACUGUUCCAGAUACCUGCAACACGACCAGCUCGAGUCCUAACGCACACAUAGACACACAGUAGAGGCGAGCAGAUGUGGAGGUAAAGAACAGUGCAUCUCUUUUCACUCACAGCUGACCACUUCAGGCCAACUGAACUGCCGUUGACCUGAAAACCUCCUACUGCAUAGUAACAUGAUGGUAAUGUUUUUCCAUUAUGCUCUUAUUUAGAUGGAAGGCUAUACAAACCAGGCAUAUAAACCUUUGGGAGUGACUGAAAUGUUUUGUUCAUGUCUUUGUUUCAGAUCCAUAUAGACUUCAUUAUAUUCUGACAGCUUUCAUAUCGAUUGAAUUACAAAAUAGAGUGUCAGUCCAUAGCAGAUCAAACACUAUAAAAUAAGCCCACUUUUGUACAUAGAAAUUUUAUAGUGUUUUAUAAUCAACUUUGCUGAAUGUAUUUUUUUUUUUUUUACUUUU